AUGGAUUUCAAAGCUUGGAAUAUGUUCUGGAGAUUAUGUUUUGGAUUCUUUGCAACUUUGACCAUAACGGGAAAUAUUCUCAUCAUCUGGAUUUUUCUUAAGCUGAGACGCCGAAAGCGUUCCUCAUUUCUUCUGAUACGUUUGGGCCUGGCAGAUUUACUGGUUGGAGGGCUGACCAUUCCUCUUUUCAUAGGAACAUAUGAAUCAGCUUCAAUAACAACAUGGCGCGUUUUCAACUGUGUUGACAUGUCUACAAGUACAUCGUCCAUUUAUACACUUGCUGUUAUUUCCGUGGAGAAAAUGUUCGCCAUCGGUUGGCCUCUUCGUUACAGAACUACAAACUUUCGUGUUUAUAUCUGUGCUAUUGCCCUACCGUGGAUCAUAGCAGCAAUACUCACUAUAACAGAUGCAAACUUAAACUCCAUUACAAGAUACAGCGUAAUCUGCCCUAUAGUUUUGUUUCCUGCAACACCUCUAUUAGUUAUGUGUGUAGCGUAUUAUGUUAUUUGGAGGAAACAAAAAUCACCAAUAUGUAACCAUAAGAAAUGUCAUCAGAGAGGCCAAAUUAGCAAACACAUUAUUUUUGAUUACAGGAGCUUCUGUUUUCACCUUACUUCCAUUCCAGAUUCUGAACCUGUUGGUAUAUUUGCAAAUAACUGCAAACUUUUCUCAUCUGCAACCGACGGUACUCGUCAUCGGGGUUUUACAAUAUAGCAAUUCGUUCGUGAACGUAAUUAUUUAUCCAUUAAGAAUUCCAGAAUUAAAAAACUGCCUGCUACACUUACUUCGUUGUUGUGUAGUUCCCCAUCAG